UGUAAUUUUUUACUAUUGCAGGGAAUUUCAGCUUCACUGAGAGAUUAACAGCCAAGUAUGCUGGAGCUGUGGCGAUGUAUUUUGUAUCUAAGAAAUUGAAGAAAAAAUAUAAUAUUACGGACGAGCGUGCAGCUCUAUAUGAAGCUGCAGAAACAUGGGUCGAUGCGCUUAAGGGCCAAGAUUUUCUAGGUGGUGCGAAGCCUAAUUUAGCUGAUCUUGCUGUCUUCGGUGUUUUGAGACCCAUUCGUUACCUUAAGUCGGGUCGAGAUAUGGUUGAACAUACACGCAUUGGUGAUUGGUAUACACGAAUGGAAAGUGCUGUGGGAGCCUCUUCCAGAAUCCAGGCCUAGUUUAACAAUUUCUUCCAGUUGCAAUAUAUGUAUCUAAUUAGGACCUACUCUGAAAAUUUUCUUGCCCAUAUAGAGGUUUUCUAGUUGGACUGCCUUCAUAGAGAGAACUUACACUUCUCUUUUCAGGUAAUUGGGAGGCAAAACAUUGUCUUUUCAUACGUGACAUUGUUCUUUGUACUUGCAUUUGAAUUUGGAUAAGCAAACCUUAGAACAGGUCCGCGGGGAUGUGCAAUUUUUUUCUACUUUGCUUUUGCAUUUGAAUUUGGAUAAUAUUCUCGACGAGCACCCAAAUGUAUACAUGAUUGAGUUAUUUAUUUUUA